ACCACAUUUACGAAAAACGCAUCCGGAAAUGCCAAUAGAAGUAAAGUAGAACAUUUAUGUCGCGCGAGCCCGAUGCUGGUAUACCCUAUAUCCGCAGCAUUCUACUGCAACUAGAAGCAGCUAAUCUUUGGCAAACAUACUGAAUGGUAUAAUUAUGUGAUGGGCUCGUGUACGCGGCGACACUUUGUGCUGUCAAUAUGCUUUUUGCAAAUGAUAACGAUAAUCGAGCGGCAGGUAUUCGAUUUUCUCGGAUACAUGUGGGCGCCCAUAUUGGUGAAUUUCUUUCACAUGCUCUUUGUUAUUUUCGGAUUCUAUGGCGCAUAUCACUUUCGAGUUAAAUACAUUGUAACUUACCUAAUAUGGAAUUUUGUAUGGAUUGGUUGGAAUGCUUUUCUGAUAUGCUUCUAUUUAAAUGUAGGCGAACUAGAUAGGGACGGCGAUCUCCUCAAUAUGGGCACUGGCAGUGUUUCCUGGUUCGAAGUGAACGGCUUUGGCUGUAAUCCCACUUAUUCGAUGAACAUUACAGAGGACCCAUUUCGGCCCACACGCCCGGAGCGUGUGGAUGGCUGUUUAUUAGAUUAUGCAUUAGUUGAAGUUGUACAUUCGGUUGUGCAAUGCAGCCUAGCGUUACUUGGCAUAUUUGGCGCUAUUUUCAUCAGCUGCAUAUUUCUCGAUGAAGAUGAUCGAUUCGAUUUCAUGAACGGCGAUGCGAAGAGUCCACAGCACACAGUGGUCCAUCCCAUGUACGUGAGCUAUUCAAGUAUACCAACAUCCGCAAGCGCAACAAUGCAAUCAAACAAGCAUCUGCAACAUCAACAGCAACAAAACUCACUGCAAUUUUAUCAUCAACACCAACACCCAAACAAACAGAACAGCAAAAACAACAACAGCAAUAAUAAUACACUAAAUACUGUUCACCAGCAAGAUGCAAAUAACCAUAACACAUACCUAACGCACACCAGUGUCAAAAGCGAUCAUAACAGCAGCAGCAACAACAGCUUGAUUCGCCAUAAGUCGCAAACUCGUAAUAGGAGUGACAACAACAGCACAAACAGCAUGAGGCGCACGCGACCCUACCAGUCUAAGAAUUCAACUGCCAGUCCAAUAUCCCCACAUAGCAAUACCACAGCCUCCUUGUCCUAUGCCUCGCUGCAGAAUUCAAACUUGUAUUUGAGUGGGGGAAACGGCGGAGGUGUCUCCAAUUCGCUGAGCAACAGCAAUUAUAGCAUUUUUAAUGCCGGUACCUCGAACGGCAAUCAAAGCGCUGAUACCACUACCAGUAGUGGCCACUUUGCGCGCAUCCAUCACAAGCCAAAGGCGCCCAAAUCCCUGGCAACCUCUGCCUCUGGCAACUUUGUCCGCCCCGAAGUCAAGUAUACAGAGGUGAAACUUCAGCGUCUGUCACACAAUCUCGAGGAAGAUGAGGACAACUUUUCGUUGCAAAAUUUGCCGGCCAGCGACAAUGGUGUCACUUAUGUUCCAUUCAAGAGUCCAACGCCAAAUAGUUUAUUUGUGGGUGAAAAUAACAAUGCUCCCCACAUUAUAUUCAAUAACUACCAACCCUCCACACCGCUCAGCCACCACUCGUCCAGUUCUAGUCCCAACAAUAACCACAACCAUAAUAGCAGCAAUAGUCGUGUUGUUUAUCCCUAUGAGCAAAAUGGCCUGCCUGAGCUGGGUGUCACCUACUCGCCCAAACCGUUGCGCCUAACCAAGCAACCCACUCGGCCCACCCACAUACCGUUGCCCACAGUUCCUGUUCACAGUUGUGAUGAGAGGGGUGCUGCGGCGACAACGACAGUGUUGUCUCCAUCGGCAGUAACGCCACCGCCGCCCCCUGCGCAGCGUCCACACAUCUUCCAACAGCGUCUCGGGCAUGCGCAUUACCCCGAUCUGUCGCCUGAGACCACAGAGAAAUAUUCCAUGCCGUCACAACACGUGCCCGGCUCACCAAUGGUCCGGCGUAUUCAGCGCCGCCAGCGUCAACAGCCGGCUCAGGCGAAUUUCUGCGAUCAAAUACGAGCUGCCCCACCUGGGUACGUUGACAUUGGCAUUGGUGGUCACAACAUUGUGCGGGCGAGGAGUGACGAUCGUCUGGUGGAGCAGACCCCCCCUCAGUUGGCCGCCAAUGCGGCGCCACAUGUGAAUCGGCGCAGCGGUCGCCGGGAGGGCAAAUCUCGACCUCGAUCCUACUGCAAUUCAAUUAUAGGGGUGCAGGCAUAAAACAGAAAGAAAUUGAAGCCCUCCUUUUUUUCUCCCCGCCACAUUCCCACACUUUCCAUUGUGUUGAUGCAAGCUCUCAAAAUAUCGUUCUCAUAUUGACCAAAUUUCUUUUUUUAGACUUAUAGACAGCUGACGAAUUGACCUUUUUUGAUUUUCGCUGUUGUUGCAUACCAAAAAGAAAAAUAUUCACAAACAAACAGAAAUCGUUGAAGACGCUGCUGCUUUCUAUGUAUGUAUAAGACAGACCAUUGGCAAAAUGCAGGUCAGCUCUCUAAGGUAUGGUCUGGCGGGCGAGCUAAAGUAAAGUAAUUUUGUCGAAAUUCAGAAGUAUGCCAUGUAUAAAUAGAAUAAAAUUCUAAUGAAAAUAGAAACAAUAAGAAAUCUAUACUGAAACAUAGUUUUCUUUUUGUGGAUUACUGUUUAAAGUCUACUUCUGAAAUAUUUUGAUGUCAGACCAUACCUCUAUUUACAUACUAUUUAAUAAGUUAAGCUUAGCCUCUCUGCCUACACGUUACCGCACACUUGUUACUACUAACUAAACCUAUACCUGCAUACAUAAUGUGUAUUACAUAUUAGAGUUGUGUUCUUAUAUCAGUCCAAAAUACUAGACAUCCGAGAGUAGAAGACCAAUAUAAGAACAAUACUUGAUCUUCAAUUGAAUGUACUGCGUGUUGUCGUUUUCUGUUGCUAACAACAAACGCACUUUGGUGUUAUAGAUAUAGUGUUGAGAUUUAACAAGAAGAUAAUAAUAAAAUAAAAAAAAAACGUUGA